UGGGACCGGGUUCGUUGACGGACUUCGCUUCGCCCUACAGGGCUUUUUCUUGACCGAUAUACUAGCGUCUUCUCGACGUAUUUGCGAACUCUCAGCUCAUUAUUAACUAAUAUUAUUCUUGGUAACGUCUGAAGACAUUAAGGCUCGCUGUGGAUCACGUGCGACUAUUUUCCUGGAAGAGCUGGUUAUAAUAAUAGACGUCUUUAGCCAUUAUUCGAAUAUGGAGCAUAUUGACGACGCGCAGUUCUAUGGGAUAGACCCCAACGCAUCACCGUACGAGAGUGUCGGAAGCAACACGACACCAGAUACGGAAUUCUCCCCUCCCGGAAGUCCAUUUCCAAAAGUUGUCGCCUCUAAAGAUUGCCGGUUGCUAGCGAGACAGAAGCUAGCUCAACUGAGCCUCAAGGAGAAGGUAUCGCUACUGACUGCUGCGGACUUCUGGCGGACGAAGUCGAUACCGUCUAAAGGCAUCCCAGCCAUCAAGACGAGCGAUGGCCCUAAUGGCGCUCGGGGAGGCAUCUUUGUUGGGGGUACCAAGGCAGCCUUAUUCCCGUGCGGUAUCUCGCUUGCGGCUACCUGGAACAAAGAUCUGCUAUACACAAUUGGUCAGCACUUAGCCGAUGAGGUCAGGGCCAGGUCGGCCAAUGUGCUCCUCGCCCCCACAGUCUGCAUACAUCGUCAUCCUCUCGGCGGCCGAAAUUUCGAAUCUUUCUCGGAAGAUCCGCUCCUCACCGGCAAGCUUGCCUCUAGGUAUAUACAGGGGCUGCAGUCCAAAGGAGUCGCCGCGACCAUUAAGCAUUUCGUAGCAAAUGAACAGGAAACUCAUCGGCUUACCAUCGAUUCGGUGAUGAUGGAACGUCCGUUGAGAGAGCUCUAUCUUCGACCGUUCGAGAUAGCUGUACGAGAAGCGAACCCAUGGGCCGUCAUGUCUGCGUAUAAUCUGGUCAACGGAACUCACGCCGACAUGAACAACCACACGCUCAAAGAUAUACUACGGGGAGAAUGGGGCUAUGAUGGAACCGUCAUGUCCGACUGGGGCGGUGUCAAUUCGACUGUCGAGUCGAUAAAGGCAGGGUGUGAUAUAGAGUUCCCCUUUUCGUCUAAGUGGCGCUUCGACAAGGUCCUGAAAGCCAUCGAUGAUGGUCAACUUACGAUUGACGAUAUAAAUAUUGCCGCAGAAAACGUCUUGACCCUUGUCGAACGCACCAAGGGAGAUAAUAUGUCGGCAGAAGAAGCCGAGCGUGAAGACGACAGAGAAGAGACGAGGAUGUUGAUUCGUGAAGCAGGAGCAGAGGGUCUAACUUUGUUAAAGAACGAAGGGCAGAUUCUACCACUCAACCCUAGAACCACCAAAGUCGCGGUCAUCGGUCCGAACGCCAACCGGGCCAUUGCCGGCGGUGGAGGUAGCGCUAGUCUUAACCCUUAUUACAACACGCUUCCGCUCGAUAGCAUUAUAACAGCGGCACAACAGGAAGUCGUAUAUGCUCAAGGAUGUCACAUUCAUAAGUGGCUUCCGGUCGCGUCGCCUUUCUGUACCGACAAGUCGGGCGAGCCGGGUGUGACUCUUGAUUGGUUUAGCGGAGAUCAGUUCCAGGGAAACGUAAUCGUCACACAGAGAAGAACGAAUACCGAUCUUUUCCUAUGGGACUCCGCACCACUGGCCCAACUCGGUCCCGAAUGGUCAGCUAUAGCAACGACUUAUAUAACGCCGACGACUACCGGGAAGCACACGAUCAGUUUCAUGAGUGUCGGUCCCGGAAGGCUGUACGUGGAUGGAAAAUUGGCUCUCGACCUCUGGAAUUGGACGGAAGAAGGCGAGGCGAUGUUUGACGGCUCUAUCGAUUAUAUGGUUGACGUUGAUAUGCAAGCUGGAAGACCAGUACAGCUACGAGUAGAGAUGACGAAUGAGCUUCGACCAAUCGCCAAGCAGAAAGUUUUCAACAUGACACAUAAAUACGGAGGUUGCCGCCUCGGCUUCAAGGAGGAAGAUCAGGUCGACUAUCUUCAGCAAGCUGUAGACGCAGCAAGAGAAGCAGACGUCGCCGUCGUUAUCGUUGGGCUCGAUGCCGAGUGGGAAUCCGAGGGAUAUGACCGAAAGACGAUGGACCUUCCUUCCGACGGAAGCCAAGAUCGAUUGAUCGAGGCCGUCGUGAAGGCUAAUCCGCGAACGGUUGUAGUCAACCAAUCCGGCUCGCCGGUAACCAUGCCUUGGGCGGACCAAGUACCGACCAUCAUUCAGGCUUGGUAUCAGGGUCAAGAAGCCGGGAACGCGUUAGCCGACGUCUUAUUCGGCCGACGGAACCCCAGUGGUAAACUUCCAACAACUUUCCCUCGGCGGCUCGAAGACACUCCCGCAUACCACAACUGGCCCGGCGAGAACUCACGUGUUCUAUACGGUGAAGGCUUCUACAUCGGAUACAGGCACUACGAUCGGACGAGCAUCGCACCCCUAUUCCCGUUCGGUCAUGGCCUCUCGUACACAACGUUCGAGUAUGGCCGACCGUCCCUUAGCCGGAGGACACUGACAGAGUCGGCGCCAAUCCACCUAAUCAUGGCGGUCACUAAUACCGGAAGCGUAGCUGGCUCAGAGACGGUCCAGAUAUAUGUCAGAGACGACAAGUCGAGGCUACCUCGCCCCGAGAAAGAACUUGUGGCGUUCGAAAAGGUAUCGCUCCAGCCAGAAGAAACUAAGCAUAUCAUCAUCCCGCUGGAUAAGUACGCAGUUGGAUACUAUGAUGAUUCAGUUCCGGCAUGGAUCGCGGAGGAGGGCACAUUUAAAGUGCUGAUAGGGGCGUCGGCGACUGAUAUCAGGCAUGCGAUACCGUUUGAUGUCAAAGAAUCAUUCACUUGGACAUUUUAAUUCUAUGCCCUCUUUAGGCAUUAGCAAACUUACCCACUCGGCCUAUUCAGGCUUAUGUAUCUUAUUUUGGUUCACUCUUUACGCACGCAGCAAGGACGCUAUAAUCCUGCGCAUACGGGUCUUUUCUGAUACCUUUGAUAUCCCUAUACGGCGAUUGGGCGUGGUCAUAAUGGCGUAUUCCCCGGACUUUAUGAGAUUCCCGCCUGGAAGUGCUCUUAUCAGAAGAGCGCUCCAGGCAUGCUGACAUGAGAGAUAUCGGAUUAUACUGGUACACUCUUUAACCACGAAGGUUAUAAACCGAACAAGUAGUUGUACACAAAUAUACUUGCUUCUCUACGGAGAUGAUAUCCAGUUUUAAUUUAUUGUCUCAUCGCUUAACCUUAGCAUAUCGUAAGCCACUGAACACCCGGAGUUUUGGUGUCGUAGAUGUUGCCACAUAGGUACUCAUAUACUGGAGAAGAGGCGAACCAGAGAAUAGGGGUUUCAAAUCCAGGGAAGCUCUCAUAAAUAUUCAACUUUGAUAACACAGUUCCUUCGGGUUUAAAAAGUUCAAGACAAGAUGAUGUUGAUCAUUGACCUAUUCUCUUUU